GAAACAAAAGACCAGCUAUGCAUGGAUGAGUGACACUUGUUAGAGACUGAAACAGAAAUGGCUCGCUCGUAUGCUAAUCCAUUAUCGCUUUAGCUAUUUGCAUUUUGUUCUGACUUCUGACUGCUUCAGUUAACCUGAGACGUUUAGCUAUGUGAAAAGAUCCCCAUCGUUAUGAAAGCAACAGAAGAAGAAGAAGCCAUCGAAAAUGACCCCAUUCUGAAAAAACUAAGCCAGUCUAAGGCAAAGCAAGUAUCGCUUUGUUUACGAAACAUUUCGUCUUGUCUUCUGGAUCCAGACUUGCUUGCUUCUCAAGCGUUUUGUCUGUUUCUUUACGCGUCGUGUGGCGCUAUUGCACCGUAUUUACCUCUCUACUUCAAGCAGUUUGGUUUAAAGCCUUAUCAUGUUGGUGUCAUUCUAGGUUUGGCACCCAUCGUCCAGUGUCUAGUAUCUCCCAUCUGGACCGUAGUUGCAAAUAAAUGGCACGUACAGAAAUUGGUAUUUCUGACUGGUGUUUUGUCAUUCGUGGUUAAGCUGUUGCUGAUUCUUGCUGUUCAGCCCCGUAAACAGUACUGUUUACAAAGUUAUGUUAACUCCACCACUAACCUUUCCUACAUCAGGUCUGUGUCUUUGUCUGACGCACUGAAGGAUGAGCAAAAGAAUAAUUGGAAAGAGGUACCUAUCAAACCUACAGCAGCAGUUAAACCUACAGCAACGCCAACCACCCCAGCUGUUUUGAACCAUAUUGUGGCGAAAAACAAUGGCCCGAGGAAUGGAAGUCCGCUUAGCGGUUGGAUUAAAGGAAGAGAUAACGAGAUGCUAUUUAGAUCUAUAGAUACCCAGGGUUCUAAAGGACUGCCACCCGAAAGAGAUGAAUCAGAUAUAGCAAAGAAACCUCAAGCCUCCCAUCCUUCUUCCCAGCCAUUAGCAGCAGUACCGAUUGAAAAAUAUGAUUUGAUGCUUAUUCAAGAAAAGCAAGUAGCAUCAAGAAAGGUUUCCAAAGAAACCCGUAAAUUCGAUCCAAGUUUGAAUGCAACCGUCCACUACGUCAUAACUGUGGACAAGGACGAACUUCACUACUUCUUUCUGAUCUUUUUGAUGUUUGUGGUGAUCUGUGAUUUUCUUCAAGCACCUACGUUUACGCUGGGCGAUGGUUCGGUGCUCAGCCGCGUAAGUGAACACUACCAAUUGAAUCCCUCCAACAUGCGAAUAACGGGAUCUAUAGGAUGGAUAACUGCUGUUUUAGUCGUUGGUGCUAUUGUAUCAAAAUCAGUUUUUGCGCUGUGUGGAAGCCCUAGACUGUACUAUGUAGUGGUCUUCUACUUUAGUAUCGGCUUCGUUUGCAUGGCAUUCGUCAAUGCUUUGUGGUUUGAAUACAUUUACGACCAAAAAGCUGACAAUGGAUCCGACACUUGUAAAAAAGCCUUAAAGACACUGUUCGACCUCGAAGGAACUACCUUCUUUAUUGGUUUGAUGUACGUCAGCUUAUGUUCAGGUUUCUUGGCUCCAUUCCUCAACUGGUACAUAGAUGACCUAGGUGGAAGCACUCUAGUUAUAGCAACAGCCUGUGCAACGAGAGAGGCCAUGGUCUUGAUGUCCUAUAUCCUUGGCAAUUCCUUUGUUUCAAUUAUUGGCCGCAUUAAUGUCAUAAUAUUUUCACUCAUAUCCUACACAAUCUGUUUCUUCUGCUAUUGGAUCAUUAAGAAUCUGUGGGUAGUGGUUGGUGUAGUUGCUAUCGAAGGAGCUGCGUUUGGCCUGAUGUGGCGAAGCUGUGAAAAACACAUCAAAUGCCUAAACGUUUCGCCCGAAGUCCUAACCAUCGCAAAAGGCUUUGUUGAUGCACUGUUCUGGGGUAUUGGUAAUGGUGCAGGAGCCCUGAUUGGCGGAACACUGUAUGGCUGGAUUGGGAGCAGAGGUACCUUCUUUACCUUCGGGAUAGCUGGCAUCGUAAUAUUAUUAGUAGUUAUAACCAUGCAUUUAUGCAAGCCAAAGACGCAGCACAACGAAGAAGGAAAAAAUUUGGUAGGCGAAAUUUCGGAGGACGAAGUGUCAGAAGAUGAGGAUUGAGUCAUAAUAGCAACUAAAGUACUAGAGUCUUAGGGUAAUGAUAUGAUUAAUGAGAGGUAAUCAAGGUAGGGAUGAUUUCCUCAACUAUUUUGUGGAAGGAACUGCAGCAGAUAAGAGGUUCAUACCUUUAAUAUAUUUGGAGACAUCAUCAUCAACAAUAACAUUUAUGAUCAACAGAUACAUCAACACUGACACAACACUAAUAUCAACAUCAACGUCAACGCCAACAUCAACAUCAACGUCAACGCCAACAUCAACGUCAGCGUCGACAUCGACAUCGACAUCGACAUCGACAUCGACACCAACUUGACACAAACCACAGCACCAAUAUUAAAAUCGACAACGAAAACGUGAACCACUAUACUACAACCUACAUGGACUCUAACAUGAUCCGCCAUCAACAUCUUCGUAAACAUCGCUUGAAACUAAUAUAAACGUCUGGCACUGAUCACCAUAUCAACAUAUGCAACAAUUAAUAAAAUGGAACAUAUAUUUUUUAAAUAAGAACAAAAUAAAUGAAUAUAUAUUGGGUAAUUAUUAAUUUAGACAUGCUUCCGAGGUCGAGGGGGGAAAACGCAACAUACCAUGGUGUUGCAGGACACCUGAGCCACGAAGACAAUAAAAGAAUUGGAGCUAAACAAUACCCUGCAAUACAAAAUCCCUAACCCAGAGGCAAGCCAGAAUUCAAUAAAGCUAGCUUGCUACACCAAAAGAGACCCGGAAAUCUGACGUUAAUUGUACAACAACUAUGUCAAUAAUUCACAAUUAUAAAGAUUAUAGGCAAUGAAAUAAUGACUAUCAAAUUAAAAAUAUAUACGGUUGUUACGAUA